CAGAGCUGUUUCUCAAACUGUAAUACAUAACCAUGCCAUUGAACAUCGACUCACCUAACUAUAUUCUAGCGCUCUAUGCAUGAUUUGACUUUAAGAAAAAAAACAGGUCAACCCAUGAUCAAGCAUGGUUUGGGUGGCAGAUCAACCACCAAUGGCCAUAUUGCUACUGUCUUUGGUUGUACUGGUUUUUUGGGUCGUUAUGUUGUUAACCGACUUGCUAGACAAGGUACACAAGUCGUUGUUGCUUACCGUGACCCUGACGAAGCUAGACAUCUCAAGGUCACUGGUGAUUUAGGUCAAAUUGUUCCUUUGGAAUUUGACUUGAAGAACAAGGAUCGAUUGAACGAAUGUGUUCGUCACUCUGACAUUGUUUACAACUUGAUCGGUCGUGACUAUGAAACAAAGAACUUUACUUUUGAUGCUGUUCAUGUGGAUGGUGCUCGUAGCAUUGCUGAAGCUUGUGCUGAAAAUGGUGUUGCUCGAUUUGUUCAAGUGUCUGCCUUGAGUGCUUCUGAAGAUUCUACUUCUAGAUUCCUUCGUUCCAAGGCUUUGGGUGAAAAGGCUGUUCGUGAAGUCAUUCCUGAUGCCACCAUUGUUCGUCCUGGUACAAUGUGGGGUCAUGAAGAUCGUUUCUUGAACAGAAUUGGUGAAGGUGACGGUUGGCAAUACUAUGUCAAUGAAGGCAACACUAAGAUUCGUCCUGUUUCUGCCAUUGAUGUUGCUCAUGCUCUUGAAGUCAUGUUGACUGCUGAAUCCACUAUGGGCAAGACUUAUGAACUUUACGGCCCUAAGGAAUACACUGUCAAGCAAAUCUUUGAACUUGCUCGUGAAAUUUCCAUGAAGCCUCUUCCUAUCCGUAGUGCUCCUACACCUGUCUUCAAGGCCAUUGCUACUUUAUUGGACAAGUUACCUUACAACCAAAUGGUCAGUCCUGACUUGAUUGAAAGAAUGACAUUGGAUGAUAAGAUUACACCUGGUGCUUAUACUUUUGAAGACUUGUACAUCAACCCUACUGAAUUAGAAACAGUCGCUAUUCAAUUCUUGAGAAGAUUCCGUAGUAAUGCUGUCUUUGAUCUUCCUUAUGAAAAGGGUGAAGGUCAAAUUCAAAAGGGUGUUUACCACAUCAUUGAUUAAACAACAAUAAUAAACUGUUGACGACAUUCCUAAUUCAAAAAAAAAAA